AUGGAUCCUUCGCGUCGUCUGACCUUGAUUUUUGGUUUCUUCCUUCUGGCGGUAUUGUCACCGGUCCAGGCGGAGAGCUUAUCGUCUCCAAGCUUACCUGGUUAUCCGGAUUGUGCAGCAGGAUGUAUCUUCGUCGCUUUUGCAGGAGGCUUAUGCGCCCCCAAAAAUCAGACAUGCAUUUGCACGAACGAAGUCUUCCAGCAGAAUGUCACAGCCUGUGUCACGAUGAACUGCACGAUACCUGAGUCUUUAACGACUCGAAACUCUAGCUUGACCAACUGCGGCGCCCCAGUCCGUGACCGAUCGCAAGAAUACGUCGUCCUCUCCAACGUCAUGGCCGCUCUCGCCGGAGCCUUCGUUGUGAUCCGGUUCUGCUACAAGAUCUUCAUCGCGAGCGUCGACCUCGGCAUCGACGAUUGGUUUGUCCUGGCAACCAUGAUUGCCUGCAUUCCCAGCGGUGUAAUCACAAAAUACGGAACCACGGCCAACGGUCUUGGAAAGGAUAUCUGGACACUCACCGCCACUGAGAUCACUCAAGUCCUCUCGUUCUUCUACAUCAUGGCAUGGCUAUACUUCCUGCAGACAACGCUCGUCAAGCUAUCCAUCAUCGCUUUCUACAUGCGCAUCUUCCCCGCCCGCGAAGUCCAGCGCGUGCUCUGGGCCACUUUCAUCUUCACCAGCGUAUGGGGCGUCGCGUUUAUCUUCACGGCCAUCUUCCAGUGCAAACCUAUACCGUACUUCUGGAAACAGUGGGAUGGACUGCAUGAAGGCAGCUGCGCUGAUGCGAAUGCGAUUUCGUGGUCGAAUGCGUCUAUGAGCAUUGCUCUAGACUUAUGGAUUCUUGCUAUUCCGCUGUGGCAGUUGCGCAGUUUGAAGCUUCACUGGAAGAAAAAGGCUGGCGUUGCGCUCAUGUUUUGUGUUGGUACACUGGUUACGGUUGUCAGUAUUAUCCGACUCCAGUCGCUCGUGGUAUUCGGCACAUCGCCCAACAAGACGUGGGAAUUCUACGACGUCUCCGUCUGGUCUACCAUCGAGAUCUGCGUUGGUAUCAUGUGCGCCUGUCUCCCGACAAUCCGCAUGGUCCUCGUCAAAUUGUUCCCUGUCCUUGCUGGCACGACACAACGCAGCAAGGGAAAUCAUUACUAUCAAUACGGAAGCGGUGUUCGCUCCAAGACGGCGGGAACUCAGCAGGGACGAACUGUCGGUACCGUUACUACUGACCGUCCGAACUCGGAGCAGGGGGCCGAGGGGUCUGGAAUUGUCUUCCAGAAGAGUUAUACGGUGCAGUAUAGUGAUAGCGAUGAGAUAAGUCUGGUGAAUAUGGCAAAUUCGGAUGGACCGGGGAAGAAGCGAUAA